UUCUUGAGGCAUUUGUACAUUACACGUAUGAGCACACAGGAGGAUAUUUAGUUGUUUCUGAUCUUCAAGGAAUUGAAUCACCUGAUCAGUUUUUAUUAACAGAUCCAGCGAUACAUUGUAUUGAUCCCUUAAGAUUUGGAAAAACUAAUCUAGGUAGAAAUGAUGUUUUUUGGAUAGUCAUAGAUGCAAUGAUGUUUGCAGAAAGUUAA